AUGAGUUGGGGAACGGAACUGUGGGACCAGUUCGAAAAUUUGGACAAACACACACAGUGGGGAAUCGACUUUUUGGAGCGCUAUGCCAAGUUUGUCAAAGAGCGACUGGAGAUAGAGCAGAUCUACGCCAAGCAGCUAAGGAACUUGGUAAAGAAAUACUGCCCCAAACGCCCCAAAGAUGAGGAACCCAGGUUCUCUGCGUGUCUAUCGUUUUACUCCAUACUCAAUGAGCUGAAUGAUUUUGCGGGCCAGAGGGAGCUGGUUGCGGAGGAAAUGGGCCACAAAGUGUACGGAGAGCUGAUGAGGUACAGCCAGGACCUGAAGACCGAGCGGAAACAUCACCUGCAGGAGGGCCGGAAGGCUCAGCAGUACUUGGACCAGUGCUGGAAGCAGAUGGAUAAUAGCAAAAAGAAAUUCGAACGAGAGUGUCGAGAAGCUGAGAAAUCCCAGGUGACCUUCGAGAGAUUAGAUAACGACGUCAACGCCACAAAGUCAGAAGUUGAAAAGGCCAAAAGUCAGUACUAUCUGCGGACGCACAUGGCAGAUGAGAGCAAGAACGAGUAUGCGGCACAACUACAGAACUUCAACGCUGAGCAGUGGAAACAUUUCAACAACGCAAUACCACACAUCUUCAAGAAUCUACAGGACAUGGACGAGCGGCGGACUGUGAAGAUCGGAGAAACGUAUCGGAGUUUCGCAGAAGCAGAGAGAAGAGUUAUCCCCAUUGUUUCCAAAUGUUUAGAAGGAAUGGUCUCCGCUGCUAAAGCUGUCGACGAAAGAAAAGACUCGGCCAUCGUAGUGGAAUCCUUUAAGUCGGGCUUUGAACCUCCGGGCGACUUCCCCUUUGAGGACUUCAGUCAGACGCUGAGCAGAACGGGCUCAGACGGGACCAUCAGCAGCACGCCGCGAGGGGAGAAAGAAGGCACCCCAGGGACACGGCCCGACCCCAGACACGUCAUGAACAGAACCAAAAACAAACUCUGGCCUUUUGGCACAAAGAAACCCAAGGGCCCACCUCCAGAAGAUUUCAGUCAUUUACCUCCAGAACAGCGGAGGAAGCGGCUACAGCAGAGGGUCGACGAGCUGCAGAAGGAACUACAGAAGGAAGUGGAUCAAAGAGAGGCUCUGAACAAGAUGAAGGACGUGUACGGAAAAAAUCCCAAGUUGGGAGAUCCCAGCAGUCUGGAACCCAAGAUCUCGGAAACCAUUUGCAACAUGGAGAAGUUGCGGUCAGAAAUUCAUAGACAUGAGACGUGGUUGUCUGAAGUGGAGGGGAAGCAGAGCAGAGGAGACCGACGGCACAGCGCUGACAACCACCAUCAUGCGCCUCCAGGACGAGAGAGUCCUGAGGGCAGCUACACGGACGACACGAGCCAGGAGCAGAGCGUCCCCCAGCGCCGCUCCAAGCUUCCCCCCGCGGUACACAACAACACACACGAGUUUGACGACGAGUUUGACGAUGAUGACCCGCUGCCCGUCAUCGGACACUGCAAGGCCCUGUACUCCUACGAUGGUCAGGACGAGGGGACUCUUGUGAUGGCUGAAGAUGAGGUGCUGUACGUUAUUGAGCAAGACAAAGGCGACGGUUGGACACGUGCACGAAAACAGAGCGGAGAAGAAGGCUAUUCCUCCCCCGGUCCUCCCCCGGUCCUCUCCCAGUCCUCCCCCAGUCCUCCCCCUGUCCUCCCCCUGUCCUCCCCCUGUCCUCCCCCUGUCCUCCCCCUGUCCUCCCCCUGUCCUCCCCCUGUCCUCCCCCUGUCCUCCCCCAGUCCUCCCCCAGUCCUCCCCCAGUCCUCCCCCAGUCCUCCCCCUGUCCUCCCCCUGUCCUCCCCCAGUCCUCCCCCAGUCCUCCCCCUGUCCUCCCCCCCUGUCCUCCCCCUGUCCUCCCCCUGUCCUCCCCCUGUCCUCCCCCUGUCCUCCCCCUGUCCUCCCCCAGUCCUCCCCCAGUCCUCCCCCUGUCCUCCCCCUGUCCUCCCCCUGUCCUCCCCCCUGUCCUCCCCCUGUCCUCCCCCUGUCCUCCCCCUGUCCUCCCCCAGUCCUCCCCCUGUCCUCCCCCUGUCCUCCCCCAGUCCUCCCCCUGUCCUCCCCCCUGUCCUCCACCAGUCCUCCCCCGUCCUCCCCCUGUCCUCCCCCUGUCCUCCCCCUGUCCUCCCCCAGUCCUCCCCCAGUCCUCCCCCAGUCCUCCCCCUGUCCUCCCCCUGUCCUCCCCCCGGUCCUCCCCCAGUCCUCCCUCUUGGUCCUCCAAACAGACUCAUCUGCUGCAUGGACAAUCACUCAGUCUGCCUCUGCUUAACCCACUCUGUUUCUUAUCUGUGUUCAUCCAUCUCCAUCAUGUCUGACUUUGUAAAAGAGGUUCCUGAGGGCUGCAGGGUGGCCGGGCGAUUUGAUUGGCUGGUGGAGGGUUCACGCUGA